AUAAACAUGCCCUCCUAUAUAGUCUCUUCAGCCUUUGAAGGACUUUCCUGCCAAGUGUGUGGUCUACAAGCUCAUGGAAGGCGUUUUGAAGCAGUUUGUUGCCUUCCCUGUGCUGCUUUUUUCAGACGCUAUGUCCUUUUGAAUUGUAAUCAUAAAUGUCUAAAUGAAAAUAAAUGUGAAAACUAUGGGACUGAACAAAUAAAGAAAUGUAAAGCUUGUCGUUUCCGGAAAUGUUGUAAUAUUGGAAUGAAAUUGUCCAAGGAAGGAAAAAAUACUGAAAAUAAGGAAGAAGUUUUCUUACAAAAAUUUAUUGAGACUUAUGAGGAAUAUAUUACAUCUCAACAGAAAUUAUUUUUUAAUAUUUAUCCGGAAAGAUUAAAUCAAGCCUCACCGUAUUUUAUUCCCGAAAACUUACAAAAAUUACGUUAUUUUGAAAUGAGUUGUAAACCAGCGAUGCUUACAAUGUUUAACAAUUCAUUUAAAGAAUUUGAAGAUUUGGGGAUGCAAAUUAAGCUCGAAUUAUUCGACUCCUGCUUUAACCAAUUAAAUUUUCUAAAUUGUCUCAGUCUAACAAUUACCAACUUUCAAUCAGAAAAUUAUUUUGCCGAUAAUUUUAUGUUGGCAUAUGGAUAUAUUUUUGAUUUUAGAAUUUCUGAACGAAUAAUUAAUUAUUGGGUGAAGGAUAUGAAAAAUAAAGAGGAUUAUUUUAAUACAAAAAUGACUGAAAUGAGAGAAAAGUAUUCUUUAUUUCGAAAUUUUUUGGAAUUUUCAAAAUAUAAAAUUAAAAAAUUGGAUUGUUGUGCCCUUAUGGCCAUUUAUUUGUUUAAUAAAGCUUCCUCAAUUAAUUAUUCCACAAAUAGUGAAACGUGGGAGAAUUUGAAGGAAACAAUUUUAACUGGAUGGCUCCAAAAGCUUUCCAAGACGUUAAAUUCUAAAAAAGAUGCUUCUGUUUAUAUUGCUUCAUUAAUUUCUUUGCUGGUUAAUUUGGAUUCAUCUUAUAUUAUACCUCCAAAUUUGCUUCGUAUUUUGACUGCUCAUAAUCGAAUUUGGGGUGCAUUUUAUGAAAUGCCUGAAAGUUAUUUUGCCAGAUUCACGAGUUUUAAUGAUCUAAUAUUCUCUUCUGACAACGUUCUUGGUUAUCAUGAAAGUUUUAACCCAAAUCCUCCUGUUAUGAGUGAACCAGAAAGACAAAGAUUUUUCAAAGAGAUUGAUGAAAUUCAAGAUGUUCAACGGCACCCACAUAUUAAAAAAUCUAUUAUCGUUUGUAGGCUACUAGUUAUUGGAAUUUUUAAGGCUUUACCUUUUUUUCAUCGUUUAGCACGUAAUGACCAGAUAAUUCAUUUAAAUCAUCGAGUAAAAACAGUUAAUAUAUUUUUAAAAACAUACAAUGCUGCAAAAUUGAAUACGGCAACCUUAAUUGGGCCAGAUGGCAUUACAUCAAUGGAUGUUUAUAGAGCUCAAAGCAGAUAUCGAGAAAAUAAACAGUUAAGAAAUUUUAUACAGAUGGAUCUCUUUUUUAGAUGCCCCCUAAAUUAG